AUGAACGUCGCCUCUCCAGUCUGUGCGGAACACACCAGGAGCCCCAGUGAAACCCUCCCCUCCAGCAUGCCUUCCUGCAGGUACCUAGCCAGUGAAGAUGGCCCCAGUGGUCCGUCCAACCUCUCAGGUGGGGGCGUAGCCCAGAACUGACGGGACAGUGUCAGGCACCACAUCCUUCACCUCUCAGAGCAGCUGAGAGUAGAGAAGACUCGGGAUGACAAUACUGUGAGCUACCUCAAGCUGGUAUCCACGGCAGACCGGCACCAGGUGCCACACGCCCGGCAGGCCUUCAAGAAGGUGAACCAUUUCGCCUCUGCCACCAGCCAGAUCGAGCAGAGGCUCUACCAGUGUCACCAGCAGCUCCAGGGGAUGGAGGAAGGCCGCAGGCCCAGGGGCUUACUGCUGAUGGCAGAAAGCGACCCAGCCAACUGCGAGCCGCCUAGUGAGAAGCCCCUGCCUUCAGAGUGCCCCAAGCCGGGUGGGGAAGACGGGCCUGCCAACCUGCCUGAUGCCAGCAGACCCUUCACCCUGGAGAGUCGCUUCCCAAGCUUGCAGCAGGGGACAAAGAGACAUACCCGCUCAGAGGCAAAGGAUGUGGCCCAGCAACAAAAGCUGCUGUUGCAGAAGGCGAAGGAAGAGCUGGAAGAAGUCAAGAAGUUGCAUGCCAGCCUCCAGGUGUCCCGUCACAGCCUGAAGGAGAGUUUUCUGACCGACCUGGAGCUGCUGCUGGAGUCCCUUCAGGAGGAGAAAUGCAGACACUUGUUGAUGGAAGAACAGGUGAAUGCUCGCCUGCAGGGACACCUGGAUGAGAUUUACAACCUCAAACACAAUCUGGCCUGCAUGGAAGAGAAAAUGGCCUAUCUAUCCUAUGAAAGAGCCAAGGAAAUAUGGGAGAUCAUGGAGACCUUCAAGAGCCGAAUAUCGAAGCUGGAGACGCUACCGCAAGUUACCCAGCUGGAGGCAGCGGAGCACCUCCGAAGCCGUCCCCUACAGGUGGUGUUCAGGUUCCUGAGCCUGCUGCUCUCACUGACCACUGUCCUCUUGGUCUUUGUCUCCACCUUGUGUGCCUGCCCCUUGUCACUGGUCAGCUCACGCCUGCGCACUUGCAGCAUGCUGAUGCUGAUCGGGCUUGGGGUCCUGGCCUGGCGGAGGUGGCACACCGUCCCUGCCAUGGACUGGCAGGCAUGGGUCCCCUCCAGGUGGAGACUGUACUCCAAGGACUCUGAGCCUCCAGCAGAUGGACCUUAA